AUGGUAAAUCCUACAUGGGAUUACACCAAAGGGCUCUCUUCAAUCCCCUUAAUAAUGGUGCAAUUUACCCGCUUCAAAUGCGGUAGUGUAUGCAUGGGUGUAGCCAUGCACCAUCAUAUUGGUGAUGGAAUUGCUUAUGCGUACUUCAUUAGCUCUUGGGCAAGGCUUUCCCGUGGUCUUGACCUCGCCGUCUUUCCUGUUCAUGAGAGGUCGUUGAUCCACCACCUUGCUCCUCGCAACCCACCACAGGUCAAGUUUAGGCACUUGGAGUUUGAGCCACGUUUACCACCCUUAUCACCAAACGGCUGUUCAUCAGGUGAUGCGGCAAUGAAUAUGGAGGGUCUCUUCAGUCUUUCUAAACCUCAAAUUAAUGCAUUGAAACUAAAAGCAGCAUCAUACAAAGUAGUAGACCAAGGUUACACACUAAGUACAUUCGAGGUGGUCGCAGGGCAUGUGUGGCGAAGUGCAUGUAUGGCGCGCGGAUUAGCAAAUGAGCAACAAGUAAAACUCUACAUACCAAUCGAUGCAAGAACAAGAUUAAAGGAUCCAACCAUACUAUUAAAAGGGUAUUACGGAAACUUGGUCUUCUUUGCGGCUUGUAUUGCCAAAGUAGGAGACAUUGUGAGCAAACCGCUUUGGUAUACUGCAAGUAUGAUACAUGAGACAUUAGUAAGAAUGCAAGAUGUAGAAUACUUGAAAUCAGCCGUUGAUUACUUAGAAUUGCAAUCGGAUCCAUUGGUUGUUCUUCGUGGGGCAGAUAGUGUUACUAGUCCAAACCUUUUGAUAAAUUCUUGGGGUAGGAUACCUUCAUGUGAAGCAGAUUUUGGUUGGGGUUGUCCAACGUUUUUCGGAAAUGGUGGUGUUCGAUACGAGGGGCUAGCAUUCUUGAUUCCAACCACGCAUGGAGAUGGUAGUUUUACAUUGAGCAUUAAUCUUUACAAGAUUCAUAUGCCUCUCUUCGAGAAAUACUUGUAUGACUUCCAGAGUACACCCAAGGUAUAG